AUGCCAAUUCUCACAUAUGACCCAGAAUACCAGAAUCAGUGCAAACGCCCGUCGAACACAGGUGCCCACGCCCUCACCAUCACCCCCAACAUCGUCACUGCCUCCGACGGAGCCGGAAUCGUGCAAUCCGUAGGUGCCAAAGUCCAAACAUUUCAACCGGGCGAUAAAGUCUGCACACACAUGGUCCCCCAGAAGCCUGAGACCGAGCCAGUCACGUUCGCAGAUAUCAGCGCAGGACUGGGUCAACGCGUCGAUGGGACUCUUCGUCCAUUUGGCGUAUUCCAUGAGACUGCGCUCGUGAAAAUGCCGUCGAGUCUCCCUUUUCUUGAGGCGAGUACUCUCACGUGUGCGGGGUUGACGGCGUGGAAUGCGCUCUUUGGGUUGGAGUCAAGGGCCCCGAAGAAGGGCGAUAUGGUGUUGGUGCAGGGGACGGGUGGGGUUUCGGUUAUUGCUUUGCAGUUUGCACUCGCUUGCGGUGCUACGGUAAUUGCCACAACUAGUUCCGACGCAAAAGCCCAGAAACUCAAGGCAGCUGGUGCUCAUCAUGUCCUCAACUACCGGAAGGAUCUAAAGUGGGGCGAGACUGCGAAACAGCUCACACCGGAUGGCAAGGGUGUGCAUCUGGUGGUUGAUGUUGCGGUGCGACCAGAGGGCGUGCUUGCCAUGACAGGACUCUUGGGGGGUGCUCCAGACGCAAAUGUCAAUACUUUGAUUGACUGUUUGGUGAACUUGUGUACCGCGAGGGGGGUGCUAUUGGGCACGAGGCAGCAGUUCGCGGAGAUGAAUGCGUUCAUUGAGGAGCAUGGUAUUCGGCCGGUGGUGGAUGAUAAGGUGUUUGGGCUUGAGGAGGCUGCUGAUGCGUACCAGUAUAUGGAUGACCAGAGACAUUUUGCCAAGGUUUUUGUGAGGGUAGACUGA